UGUUUCCACUGGAAGUAUCAGGCUGGAGUCUCUCAGCAUCUUGUGCACUGAGGGGUUGGAUCCAAUUGAUGAGCUCUCCUUGGAACACCUUUGGGAAUAACGCUUCCAAGCGCCAAACCUGCCAUGAUCUCCCGGAUGGAGCGCGGGGAGGAGCCAAGCAUCCUGAUUCUCCAGGACUCCAAGGAAAGGGAGAGCCUGAGAGAAGGUGCCAGGACAGCGAGUGAGAACGAGGAGGCGAAUCCCCAGCAGGAAGGGUCCACGGGAACAGAGCUGCACAGGACGUGGGGAGGAGCCAGCAAGAGCCCAGGUGGGGCAGGACAGCAGCAGGGAGAGCCCCUGGAGGAGAAUGAAGCUGGCCCGGGGGACAAACCCUACCAGUGCACCCAGUGCCUAAAACGCUUCAGCCGCAGCUCCAACCUGCUCCGUCACCGGCGCUGCCACACGGGUGAAAAGCCGUUUCGCUGCACCGUGUGUGGGAAGGGCUUCACACAGCGCGGGAACCUCACGGAGCACAGCCAUGUCCACGCUGGGGAGCGUCCCUUCCAGUGCCCCCAGUGCGGGAAGGCCUUCACCCGGAGAGCCUCCCUGCGCCAGCACCGCCGCAGCCACACGGGAGAGCGGCCCUACACGUGCCUCAAGUGCGGGAAGGGUUUUGGGGUGAGCUCUGCACUCGUGGUCCACCAACACAUCCACACCGGGGAGCGGCCCUACCGGUGCAGGGAGUGUGGGCACAGCUUCUGCCGCAGCUCCAACCUGGAAUGGCACAGCCAGCGAGCGCCCCUACCACACCGGUGCACCCACACCAGGGAGCGGCCCUACACCUGUGCCGAGUGCGGGCGGCGCUUCGGGGAGAGCUCCAACCUCAUCAAGCACCAGCGGGUGCACUCGGGGGAGCAGCCCUACAAGUGCCCCCAGUGUGGGAAAGGGUUCAGCUGCCACUCCAACCUGUUGCACCACCAGCGCACCCAUGUGGACACCAAGCCCUUCAAAUGCCCUGACUGUGAGAAGGGCUUCACCCAGAGCAGCCGAUACAUCCAGCACUGCCGGGUCCACACCGGCCAGAAGCCCUACCAGUGCCCCCAGUGUGGGAAGGGCUUCAGCCAGAGAUCCCACUACACCUACCACCAGCGCAGCCACACCGGAGAGCGGCCCUUCUGCUGUGCCGGCUGCGGGAAGAGCUUUAGCCGCAGCUCCAACCUGAUCCGGCACCAGAGAAUCCACAGCGAGGGGACCCCUGCCAUCCAAUGA